CCACAACAAAAAUAAAAGCAAAUAUAGUCGAAACUAUAGAUCAAUGUUCUUGCAAAAUAAUUCAGCACAAUUUACAGUUUACCCCUGCAAAAAUGGAAUCUAUCAAAGCUAUUUUAGAAAAUAUGAAAGCCAACAUGAUAGAGAAAGAAGCUAACGAAAGUUUGUUAAACCAAUCCCUUUCCGCCUUCAAUACCUGGUUAUCUCUUUUAACCGCUCAAAAUUAUUUUAGGACCAUUAGCAAAACGGGGAAAAAUAUGGAGGAUAAUCAGAUCCCCAAAUUAGCCAUCGAUUUUUCUCAUUGGUGCAAAAUUAUCGAUUUUGUCACCAAAUUCGUCGAGACACAAGUUGCUCUUUCUAUUCCUAAAACCAUUAAUUCGCCCGGAAUCCUCAACACCAGAGUCAAAUAUUUGGAGAUUUUGAAUAACUCUCUAGAUGGCAUGAUUUACGCUUCGGAUUCUCUAAAUUCUCAGAACACUUUUCACAAAAUGUCGCUCGAUACAUUGAAGCGCAUUGAAACUGCAAUCAAAACUCUUAACACCAAAAUAUCAACCACUCAAACGAUUUCUAACCUUUCUCUCCUUCACCAGACAUUGAUCGAUAAUUCCAUUUUAAAAAUCAGCCAUUUAUUGACAUCUACCAAAAUUCAAAUUAUAGAUUACGAUAAAGAAUCUAGCCCUUAUAAAACGGUUGCGAAUUUAUUGGCAAAAGACAAAGAAGCCUUCCUCAAAGGCAAUUCUCACCUAUUCUAUCCCGUGGAAGGUUCUUCUAGCCAUUCGUCCAUCUUCAAUAACGAAAAUUUUAACCUAAUAGUCCAGUUGGUUCAACAUUGUCACAUGUUGUGUUCCAAAAGAUUGAAGGAUUAUUCUGUUUUGAACUUAUACACUAAGGCCUUGGUGUCUAUAGCUUGUUCGAGCCCCUUUCACAAAUCCAGAAUGAUGUCCCUUGAAUCGAUGAUCCAAUUAUCCGAUUCAUUUCACGAAUCGAUAAAUUUUCGGUUACGUUUCUUGGCGGAUCUUUUAGGAUACCUUGGCCAUUUCCCUGAUAAGGAUAAUUUCAAAGGAAGGCCAAAUUACUUAAUAAAUUGCUUUAAAAAUCUGAUCGCGUCAAAUACAAAAUCCGCCUCGCUUUCGGAUUCGGAUAUGAGCGAUAUGCUAACCAAAACUAUCUACAUUUCCUCCCAUCCUAUUUUAAGUAACCCCAAAUCCAAUUACCUUAUGAAAGCGUAUCUCAAGUAUCAUCACAUUCGAUUUGAUUCUCAUCAGAUCAUAACUAAUCAAUCAUUGGAAAACGUUAUAGAUGACGUUUUCUUCCGAAUUGAGAAUCCGGACAAAUUCAGAAAUGGGCUCAACCUAACGCCCGAUUGGCAAAAUAACCUGAUUGCGAUUUGCGUCACCUGUUUCCCGUCUCAAAUAGCGCUUUCAUUCUUUGUACCCAAAAUUUUGAGCAUUUUGAACAAGGAUAAAUGGUUCAGCGUUGAUGCCAAAGAUUUGACCAUACAUAGGACUAGUCAGGAGACUCUGUACAAUAGGGAAUUAUACACGGAAAUUUUGGAAUCCAUUCAGACCUCCAAAUUUGGGCUUACUAAAUCAUCAUUGCCAAAAAUUCAAGCUAUCAAAAACCCGGCGGAAAGGUCCGAGAUGUUGGAGAAAUGGGAAGAAUACCAAACAUUAUUAAAGGAACCUAAGAUUUUUGUCAGUCUAUCUAGCGCCGAGGCUCACGUUCACACUGUCAAUUUGAUACCAAAGUUGGACAAGUUGUUGGACUCGAAACACAAGAAGCUCUUGAUCGAAGAACACGAGAAAGAAUAUCACAUUAGGGAUAGGGUUAGAAAGGAAAUGCUAGAAGCAGGGCACUUGAGACGUAUAUUGAUGGUUUUGUUCGACGUAUUGGUCAAACCCGAGCCGCCAAUCUCCCACGCAAAAUUAGUCAAUUUUUCGAAUAACUCGAUUAGAAUCAUGAAAGAAACAUUUUAUCCCUAUUUGGACGAAAUUUUGGCCACCUUGGCCAGACAUCGUGAGGCUCAAAGUAUCACCAAAAUUGACAAGGUGAACGAAAAAAUAAAGACGAAUGUUGAAAGAAAAGGAGUCACGACCGAUUUAGAUCACAUGAUCUUAAAUGAUUCUGGCGCCAUGUUUCUUCAUUACGUUCCGGAAAUAUUGAAUAAGUUAAAAGCUUUGGUAUUUCCCGGAUAUCCAGAAUUGGAGAAAAUAGGUGAUUUGAUCCUAAAAAUCAUGAACCGACCUCAAAAGACUGACGUAACCUAUUCUGACGAAGUUAUAAAUGCAUUGUCUUCCAUCAUAAAUCAUUUAUCCGAUUACGUUAAAAAAUUACCCGCGGACUCGAAUAACCAAUCGCAGAAGCUCAAUGCCGCAGUCACGUUUAUCCUACCAUUAUUCCACUCUACGAGCCCUUCUGUUAUGUCAGAACUAAACGAUUCUGCCUUCUCCCAGAUCGAUAUAGCAUCGCGCGAUAAAAUGUUGGAAUUUUUGGCAUAUUUUUUUGCCAAGGAAUAUUACGAUCCGUGUAUAUUGAAAAGGCUGAGGAUUUACGAAUUCAUGAUAGAUACAUUGGGCUCAUCUGCUAGCUUAUCGGACCAAACUUGCCCCUCUAUGUCAAAAUGUGCGGCAUUGAUUGAUUCUAUGUGCGCUUACAACCUCAAAACUUUAUCCGAUGACGGUCAUAAAGGCUUCGCGACUAGUCUGGAGGAUAACGCGAAACAGAAUCAACUCGUUUCUGAUAUACUAUUCGUAUCACGCUUCUUUUUAAACGAAAUGUUCGAAAUAAGACACUGCUCCCUAACCAUCUUGAACUCCUAUCUUUCAACGAAACCUAAUGUUGGCGUCGCUAAUGUUGAUAAUAAGAGUUAUGACAGAAUUGAAAUCGAAUGGUUAAUCCAUAUACUAACCCAACAUCAAAAAACGCGAUUGUAUUGUCAAUUGUGGAUAUUGAACUUCGAUCGUCAUCCAGAAUGCAGUCAUUUGGCCAAAAAGAUAUUAUAUGAUUAUCUCGAUUUUCGAUCUUGUUCUCCGAAGAUAAAAGAUCUUAAAUUCUUAGACCUUCUGUUCGAAAUAACCCUGGAGAACCUACAUUCUUUGUACAUUCAGGAAAUAUGUGCCAACGCCAUAGCAAAUUAUCUUUGCAACAUCGGCCAACCAAAUGACACGGUUACAACGGACGGCGUUAAAAAAGACGCCAUUGAAAGAAAUACGAAUCUAGGUAAUUUAGAUCUGGAAGUCGUGUGUAGCUUUUUGGAUAAAUUGAUGGCUAUCUACAUCGAUAACUAUAAGAAAUAUUUGAAGGAAAUCGAAAUAAAAAUCAGGAUGAAUAAAUACGCCUCACAAGCUAACAUGGACGACACUUGGAACAUUCGAUAUAGUAUCGUUUUGAUUAUAAAUAAUAUAAUCAAAGUCGUGUCUAACCUAUGCCCACUUCGGAGCGUUGGGGCCUCAAAAAUCGAGAUUUUGUUCAAAAUCUACGAAUUCAUGGUGGGUAGCCCGCUCAAGGAUGAAAAUAUCUACGUUAAGCGUCUAGCCCUGAAUGGUUGCAUAGAUUUGAUAGAGUUUAAUAGCCCCCCUCCAUUGAUCGGGGGAAUAAAGAAUGCCAAUGGGGAUGUGGAAGACUUUAAAAUCGGAGCUUUUAUGGAAAUCCGACCAUUGUUCGACCGAACCUUGCAACUUACUGAAAAUCAUCUUUCCGAACUUCCGAAUUCUGCAUCCUUCGAUGCUUUGCGGCAAACCCUGAUUUUUCUCUUAUCUAUCCAAUCUAAUCAAUUGUUAUUCGAUCAAGGAUAUGAUAUCGCGAAUGACGACUUUAGACGUUAUUUGAAAAUUUUUAACACCCUCGUGGAAGCAUUAAAAACGCCCUCUCAAAAUGUUCAAGAGCGUGCUGCUGAGUGCAUGAGUCAAAUGAUAUCGAACGUGAUUAAUAAAAAACUGACUAGUGAUGUUAAUAUUGAAGUGUUUAGGAAAUUAGUUCUCGGGAAGUUUAAAGAAUUCGAGAAAAUACUCUUGGCAACGGAAGAUGACAAUAAGCCUUCUGCGAAUGAUUUAAAAACUGGCACUAGUAUUUCAUUAGCCACUCGUAAAGGUAGCGCUUAUGGUAUGUCAGCAAUCUUUAAAGGAGCCGAAGAUUUUUCAUUGGCUGUAUUAGAUACAUCAUGUGAUCGUAGCGAGGAUUUAGAGUUGGUGAACUAUAGCACAAGCGCAUUGAAAGCGUGUACUGAAAAAAAAGGGGCGAGGAAAAGGGAAGGCUGCCUUUUUCUGCUUCAAUCCACUAUUUCCAUCCUUCACGAGUCUCAUCCUUCUAUCAUGAACAAAAUUAUUUCCGCCAUAUUGCCCAUUUUACUCAUCGAAAGUUUUGGUGAAAUAUCCCAUUACGUGAGAUUAGCGGCCUUCGAAUGUUUUGACGUUUUGACUCGAAGGGUUAACGUUACUGCCCUGACCAAUCAGGUGCUUCCUACACUCGUGCAAGCUCUAGCCAGUCCCGCUUGGAGAACUCAAAUCGCUGCUAUUCAAAUGUUAAGUUCGACCGUUAUAUCUACUCCUACCAAUUCAGCAAGUCAGGAAACCGAAAAUAUGGAAUCAUGGAAUACCGGCGAAACCUCAAAUUUGCUGCCUAUGGUGAUGUCAGAGUUGGUCGAAAAAUUAUGCGAUUCGCACGAAAAGAUAAGAGAGGAGAGCAAAAAGGCCAUUAGAAAAAUCGCAGUUCACUCGAAUGCGGAUAUUCAACAAGACAAAAUCCCUAAAGAUCAAGCAGCUCAAGAAGGUGAGGAAGUGACGAGUAAGACAAAAGAAAAGUUGGUCGAUGAUUUGAUUGAUGCCAUGAGUCGACCGGACGUUAAAAUGUUUUCUUGUCUCAUAGGACUCAUAGAAUCGAAAAUAUUUACACGCCCACUGGAUAGCGGCUGUUUAGCCCUUUUAAUGCCGGUGCUUAAACGUGCCAUAGCCGAUAGAGCGAGUGAAAUGAGGAGGGUGGCUUUAAAAGUUUUAACCCGAGUUUUGGAGAUCACCAAUGAAAAAGAAAUAAGACCCUACCUAAAAGACACCAUAAAGAGUCUCAAGCUAACCUUGAUCGAUCCUUUGCCCGAGGUGAGAAACCAGGCUUCACAGGCCUUGUCUAACCUUAUAGGCAUUCUCAUUGACGCAGCUAAAAAUGAGAAAAAGGACAAAAACCAAGCCUUAAUUAAGAGUAAAAAUAUGGGUGGAAAAGAAGAAGAAACGACAGCUAAAUCACUGCAGAAAGAGUUAUUGGAUUGGUUGAUGAAAACUUUGGUGUCAGAGGUCUCGAGCGUUAACAGAUCCGGAGCCGCACAAGGCCUUAGCGUCGUUAUUCACCAGCUAGGCCUUGUAAAAUUGAAUGCCCUAUCCAACGACAUUAUAUCGACCCUGAAAAAUAAAUCUUUGCCUGCCCACGUUAAGGACGGAUACCUCAUGCUAUUCCUUUACUUACCGACUACUUUCGGCGACGCCUUCGUGCCUUACAUAGAUAGGAUAGUGCCUCCACUCUUAAUGGGAUUGUCGGACGAGUCGGAAUACGUGAGAGAAACUGCGAUUAAAGCGGGAAAAGGAAUUAUAAAUACUUAUUCGAUUGAAGUCAUUUCCACCUCUUUCUUGCCCCAAAUACAGAACGGGAUAUUGAAUGCGCCGCACACGGGAGAAAUUAGUGGUGAAAUAGAGGAAAAAUUCGUUGAGACUUCCAGCAAUUGGAGAAUACGUUACAGUUGCGUUCAGUUGAUAGGAGAACUCGUGUUCAAGAUAUUGGGGAUCACGGGCAAAAUGACGACCUUUAGCGCUGACAGUGACGAUACGUUUGCUUCAGAGAAUACUUACGAGAUAUUAUCAGAAACCUUGGGAGAAGACAGAUUUCAAUCUAUCCUAGCAGGCCUUUACCUUUGCGCCAAUGAUAAUAGGCAAGAGAUCGCCUCUUAUUCGCUUCACAUUUGGAAAAUAGCUGUCCAUAACACGGUGAGGGUGCUUAAGCAUCUCGUUAGUAAAAUAGUGCCCGCCAUUUUGGACCAUCUUACACGGGCCGUUAUAACGGGGGAUAACGAAGCCAUAACGAUGUCAGGUAACACCCUGGGCACAAUAGUCCGAAAACUGGAAGGUAUUCUGCCAGAACUCCUUGGUAUACUUAAAUCCCACUUUGAUGCUUCCACCGCUAAAAAUAGCCGAUACCGCGACGAUUCCCAAACAGCCAUUAUUGACGAUCUUUACCAGGAUGACGUAAAAGGCGGGAAAGACAAAAUAAGAAAUGGUCUCGAUAAGGAUGAUGAAUGGGAAAGUGUUGAGUCCGAGGAGGAAAGUUCAGAUUCUAAAAAUUGCGAUUAUGCUCGGAGAGGCGUGUGUCUGGCACUCAAAUACGUUAUGCAAUACAGCUCUAGAGAUAUAAUUAUGUUGUAUUGCCACCCCAUCGACCAAAUAAUAAUUACUUGCUUGAAAGACCCGGACGAAGAAUUGAGAUCGGUGGCGUUGAAACUUUUCGACAAGUAUCAUCAGCUGGGCGGCCAGAAAGUGUUGGACAAUAUUAUACCGGCCUUGAUCAAGGAAUUGGAUAAAUUCGAAACGCACGAGAACGACGAUUCCUACGUUUUGGAAGGAUUGAAAGAAAUGAUGGACAUCAAAAGCCGUGCUUUGCUACCAUAUAUAAUACCUAAAUUAGAGUCGAAUGAUCAUAAAUUCGGCAAAAACACCCAUUAUCUUUACCAGCUUAUUUCGUUCAGUAGCGAAGGAACGUUGGAUAGAUAUUCCGAACAAAUUCUCAAGAAGAUUUUGCGGGCCUUGAUCAAUUUGGCGCCAAACCUAGAUUUUUCAGGAUUUUUGGCCGGAAAAUACGGAAAGAUGGAUGAGGACGACGAGGAAGAAGAAACCGAAAGUAUUGAUCAGGGAUCAGGAAAAAAUAUUUCUGGUGAACAUACGAAGAAAGUUGGCGAAAGUAUUGCAGAGGAGGGCAUCUUGAAGGAACGUAUGAUAUCCGAAAUGCUAGUCACCUUCCGAGAAAUCUUGAGUUUAUUCGAGUCCCAAAACAGUCUUAAUUACUUAUUCGAAAAAAUUAUCUUUCCGGCCCUCAAAUCGGUCGAUCUUUCAUCUCCUUACAUGUUGUCUCAACAAUCAUCUAUUGAUAAUGACACAAGGAAAGAUGUUAAAAUUGACGCGAAGUCCCCAAAUCAUGAUCUUGAAAUAAAAAAAUCUUUCGAAAACGAUAACGCUUUAGCCGGAUUACUCAUUUUGCACCUGUUUCUAGAAGGAGCGGAAAACGACGAAAGUGGUAGUGAUCAAGAGGACGAAAACGCCGAACAGAACUCGGCGUCGUCGUUCAUGGACCCAUCUUUAUAUGGAUUCCGGCUUAAUACCUUCAAAAAUAUUUUGCAACUUUACAAAUGCUUUGAUGGUAGAAUAGUGCAAAUGGCUACGGCAUUGCUAGAUAUGAUAUUCAAGAAUUUGAAAGCGAACGAAGACUCCUCUCAAGGUGCCUUGCAAUCCAAAUCUAACCCUUCCAAAAAUAUUAACCCAUCAAAAUCCGACUCGGAAUCAAAUUCCGAAGCCGAAGAAGCCGGGGCCGGUGAUUACGAUUCCGACGAUGGAACCGAGAGUGAAAUCGACCAUAGGGACAUAGUGACUCAGGACCAAGUCAACGAAGCCUUCAGAGAGUUACUCGUGGCUUGUAAAAACUUUUUCAGGAGCUUCGUCUCCGCCAAUUUCUCGACUUUCAACCACAAUAACUAUACCUACCUCGGUUCAGAAUUUCGUUACGAAAUACCCAGUAUGCCAGGGCUGAACGUAGCUUAUAAUCAGACAUUUAAUCGUAAUAAUCCCAUCUCGCCUUUCCUCUAUUUGACUGUCGAAAAGGGAAUUUUAUGCAAAGAAUGUUCCGACAUAGCUUACAAAGAAGUCGCUUGCCAGGCCUUGGCAGAACUCGUGAAAAUAGCGCCAUCUAACGUACUCGAACCUAUUGUUCUGAAAAUAAUGGGGCCUAUUCUGAGAUUGCUCACCCAAAGAUACGAUUUAGGAUUCAAAUCUCAACUUAUGAGCGUUUGCUCUUUACUUCUGUUUAAGAAUAACAGCUCGCUGAAAUUUUUUGCGCCUCAAUUACAAGCUACCUUCUUAAAAGUCUUGAAGGAAUCGUCAGUUUUCAAUAUGUCAGACAAUGAACAUAAAUCAUCAAUAUCCGACGACGAAUUUAAUCUGAAGAUUCAGGCCGCAAGGGGUCUGUCCCACCUUAUGCCCGUCCACUCAAAACCUUUUAAUGUUACAAACGAAAUUUUCAAAGCCCUGAACAAAGAGACCGACAAAUCCAACAACAUUAUUAUUAAUGGGAUUGAUGAGAUGAAUGAAGACGAAACGGGUUCUAACGAUCACGUUACCCCCGAAUACCGAAUUAUCCAGGAGAAAAAAAUCUUGCUUUAUGCUCUGAGAGUCAUUCUUUCUGGCUGUUGCUCUAAUCCAUCUUUCAUUGCGAACAUCCACGAAAGCGAAACGAUCCUUAACUUAAAAGGUUUGAUAGAGACGGUCACCAACAUAGAACAAAAAUCGCUUGAAACAGAGUGCGGAGAAUGGUUGAGGCAAGACGACGAGAACGUGCGAUUGUUAUUUGGUUGCGUAGGAGCUAUGGCGGCUUUUAUAAGUGCAAAAGAUUUUGUAAAAAUUUGCGAGGAUUAUGUGCUCAAUGAAGAAAUUAUAAAGAAUCAAAACUUAGAUUUGAUAUCUUGGGAUACGACCUUAUAUGUGAUGGCCAAAAAAUGUCCGAAUCGUUUGAUUUCUUUCAAGAAUUUGCCGAAUUUUCAACUUUGGAACAGAUUGCUGGAUACAAUAUCAUAUUAUAUUCAACCAGAAAAUAAAAUAAACUACGGAUUAUCAGCUGUUAGAUGCCUAGCUUACUUGAUAAUGUUUAGACUUGUCAGCGGCUUAUUUAAGGAUUCAAAAUCUUCCUCUCAAGAAAGUCUUAUGGAACCCGAGAUCUUAGAACUAUUUUUUAAGACAAUCUUACACAAGUCCUUGGAGGUCAAGAAUUUCGUGGUUAACGUGAUACACUACCUAGAUCAAACCUUUAAAAAUAUAUCUGUCAAUCUAAAUGUCAACCAUCUUGCCAUUAUCACUGAGAAUAAUGCCAAUCAAUUUAGUCAAACUUGCCUUAAUAUAUUGCUCAAAGCUUGCAACGAUGGCAAUUCAACCUUAAGGAACCAAGCCGAAAAUGUUGCCAUAAAAUUUUUGGGGUUACCGGAUGGCUAUAGUUUGGAAAGAUUACAAACUAUCUAUAAUACCGGUUCCAAUCCUAAUGAAAAUGCGAAAUCCAUGGACGAUUGUAAAAUCCUGAUCGAAAAAACGCUACUCAAAAAGAUUUCCAACAAGAAAAACGUUCAAAUUAAAUUCAUCGUUAAAUCCAACCCCGAUUUUUUGCCCGAGUACGAUCAAUUGGAUGAAUCUAUUUUAACGAUAUAAAGAUAUGUGAUAUGCACAAAUUAUUGCCAUUAUUUAUAUGAUAUUAU